ACAGCAUCGACACAUGAGGCACCCCACAUUUUGAUCAGGUGCGGCUUUAACGGGUAAUAAAGGACGACUCGUUCCUUUCGUCGUCACGUCAAAGAGCUGGAUUGUUCGCGAACGACCCAUCACCACAGUGCCUAGUUCCCCUAUAACUGCAGGGUCUCGGAGGAGAGGCCCCCAGAAAGGAAGGGGCUCCACGCCGAGAAGAAAGGCUUCUACGCGGUCGCGUUGCCGCAUCGAGCGCCCCCCUACUCCCUCCGAGCCAUCAGUCACACUUCAACCCGUGUCCGGCAUGAGACGGCGGCUUGCUGCGAGCGGCGGCUCCGCGGAGACGACCUCCAGGCGGCGGCAGCUCUGAAGGCCACCGACACACCGAGACGCCAGGGAGAGAGAGAGAGGAAGGCGGCGUGGAGGGGAAGAUGUUGAUGCGGUGCUACCGGGUGAAGCUGUCGGCGUGGGCCGCCGUGUUCGUGCUGGUGCUGUGCUGGUUCUAUGUGUUCCCGGUGUACAGGCUACCCCGUGAAAAGGACAUCGUGGAAGAGGUGCUGAGGCAGGGGAACGCCUGGAAGAGGAACCAGACGGGCAUAGACUUGUACAGGAAGCUGAUGAGGGACUGCUGCGACCCCCAGAAGCAGUUUGCGCUAACAAAGGAGAACACGCCGUUGGGCAAGGUGCUGUGGUACGACGGCGAGUUCUACUACUCGCACACGGUCAACAACGACACACACUCUCUGUUUGUGCAGGCCAACCCUCUGCAGUUACCCCUGAAGAAAUGUGCGGUGGUGGGAAACGGAGGCAUCCUGCGGCAUAGCCAAUGCGGGCACGAGAUCGACCAGUUCGACUUCGUCAUGAGGUGUAACCUUCCGCCUGUUUGCAAGGAAUUCGUGGAGGAUGUGGGAAGCAAAACCCACCUGGUGACGGCCAACCCCAGCAUCAUUGACAAAAGAUUCCAGGGUCUCCUAUGGUCCAGAAAGUUCUUUGUGGACAGCAUGAAGGCCUACGGUUCCAGCUACAUAUACAUGCCGGCCUUCUCCAUGAGGCCCGGCACCGACCCGUCAAUGCGGGCCUCCUACGCCCUCUCGGACUCCUCGUCCAACCUCACCAUGCUCUUCGCCAACCCGGCCUUCCUGCGCAGCGUGGGCCAAUUCUGGAAGGCCCACAACGUGCACGCCAGGCGCCUCUCCACGGGGCUCUUCAUGGUGAGCCUGGCGCUGGGCUUGUGCGAGGAGGUGACGGUGUACGGCUUCUGGCCCUUCUCGGUGGACCUGGCCGAGCGGCCCAUCAGCCACCAUUACUACGACAACGUGCAGCAGAAUCACUGGUUCCACGCCAUGUCGGAGGAGUUUGUGCAGCUGUGGGAGCUGCACAAGAGCGGAACGCUGCGCAUGAGGCUGGGACGCUGCCCCCAACAGGAGCCGUGGAGCUAGUGGAGCUAACGGAGCUAGCUUGUUAUCCUCACUGAUGCAAACAUCAAACGUUUAUACAUUACACUCCUUAAUCCCACGAUAAAAUAUUCAUCCUGGCUCCAUCUGAGCCUCCUGGGACUAAUUCAAGCGGGGGUUGCUACUCCGUCUUUUUGACAUAUGGUGCAACUGGACCACACCCCCCAACAUCGCCAUAUCCUCCCUAAACGACGAGCAGGAUGCAUGUCAGGAUUUCCCUGCCUGUGUUUUUUUUUCCCCCGUCCAGAUGCCAAAUAAGGCUUUAAGGUGAGCACAAGCGCCACGGGGCGGCCAAGCAAGUCAAGCCAAGUUGAACCCCCCCCUACUCCCCCAUCCCCCAGGGACAAGAAGGGGGAAAAGAUGUCAGUGUUGAAAUGUCAUCCUCGGACCUCAUUUUGCUUAUUGCUAACAUUAUUCUCAUUAUUAUUAUUUGCCAUCUUUCUUUCCCCUCCUGCAUUUUUCAUCAACAUUUUGUGUUUUGCUGCGUCGGCCAAAAAACGACCACGCCCAAGAGCGGCUGAAUGCUAGCUUUUGGUGUGCAAGCGUGAUAAAACAGAAUGUGCCAUACUGUCAGCUGAGAUAUCAGCUUAGGUUAGUUUUUGCCCAACAUGUGAAGGUUCACGGCAGUGUUCCAUCAACCGGGUGUUGAUUUUUUUUUUAUAAUUUUUUUGUUGCCGUUGACUUGCACUAAAAUACAUUAAUUUAUUUUCACCCUCGCUCAUUAAUCCACGAGGCACUUGGUCUGCCAGAGAAUAAGAAGACCUAGCAAGAGGGAUCCAUCAGCCAUCAGGCGGCAAUAAUGUUCAUUGUAGUUCCAAAUGUAUUUAUUUGGUGUUUAUUCUGAUGUUUGUUUUUCUUUUUUUUUUUUUACUAUUGUGAAGGCAGCGGUGUGCGAUGCAAAGGAAAUUUGUUGGAUUUAGAUUAAAGGUUCGAUUUGUAGCGGGA